AUGAAUUUAUCAUGUAAUCUUGAUUCAAUAUUUGAAUCACAUUCAAAUAUAACAAAGAUACAUCGAGAUGAAAGGAAGACCAUCAUUGGACCGAAUGGUGAUAAAAUCGGCAUAGUUUAUCAAAAUAUAUUUGUAUCAUUCUGUACUACGGAGAUGGCAAUAGAUAGUCUAAGUAAUGAAUUGGGAAUUUCUAAAGAGAAUUUUAAAUAUAUGGCAGAAAAUGAUAUAAUAGAAGAAUUUAAACAAACAAAACCUGAAAUUAAUUAUAUUAGAUUUUGGACUCAAAAAAAUUUAAUAUAG